AUGGUACACAUUUCUGCGAACGUACAGCGUGCUGUUGCCUUGGUAGUAGGAUGUCUCUGUAUGGCUAUUGCUGGUUCUGUCUAUUGCUACGGAGUAUACAUUGUAUCUGUCAAGAAGCAUUACAACUACACCCAGUCGGCAGUUGAGCUGUUUGGUUCUACGUCGAACUUUGGGAUAUCGUUAGGAUUCCCAGCUGGAAUGAUGUGUGAACGAUUUGGAGGACGUUGGGCAUCCCUAGCAGGUCUAGUGAUAUCAUCAUUGGGCUAUAUGUUGUUAUGGAGCACCACUUUAAUGAGUCAUUUCUAUUCAACAACGUCCGCUCUUCAAGCGGUUUACUUUUUUAUUGCAGGUUUUGGUGCUAUUUUCUUGUACAUGGCAGCCAUGACAACUAAUUCCAUUAACUUCAAUCCAGAGCACAGAGGGAAAAUAGUUGGUAUUCUAGAUGCUUCAUUUAGUGCCGGUCCAGCAAUUAUGGCGCUCCUGUACGGGAAAAUAUUUGCCGCUGGACAUGUUCACGAUGAGGAAAAUCAAAAUCUUGGCGGUUUUUAUCUCACGACAGCAAUUUCGUUUGCUGUUAUUGGAUCAAUGGGAGUUUUUUUCCUUAAUAACUAUCCAUAUGAAGGAGAGAGAAAGAUUGAUGAAAUCUCUUUAAAAGUAAACGAAUCUACAAUUGCGGGAACAUUUGAAAUUGACACCGGUCCACCAAUCAAAAAUAUUACAGGAUUAAAACUGUUUCUUAGGUUUGAUUACCAUUUUAUCGCAUGGUCAUAUAUUUUCUGUGCAGGUCUACAAUUAAUGUUUCAGAACAACAUACAAACCUAUCUUAAAACAUUUGAUCUCGAAGAAUUUACUACUACUUUUGGCACGAUUAAUCCGGUUUGCGGUGUCUUAUCAAAAUUUAUGGUUGGAUUUGUUUCUGAUUUAAUGAUGCCAAAGGUACCACGGGUAGCCCUGUUACUUAUUUUUAACAUCGUCCAAACUAUCACUUUAACAUUGUGCAUAUUCUUCUCAGACAAAUUCCCCAUGUUAGUAAUGGCUUUAUUAGUUAUUGGCCUGGCAAAUGGUGCUGUUUGGUGCUUAACUCCAACAAUGAUCAGUGAAUUUUAUGGACUCAAAUAUUUCGGUAGAAAUUGGGGAGCAACAAUUUUCGGAAAUGCAAUAGGAGGGUUUGUUGUGCAACAGAUUUAUGGAUGGACAUAUGACAACAGCAUUCGAAUAAAAGGUGCGACCGAUUGUAAAGCAGGCGUCCAUUGUUUUACUUGGAGUUUUGCCAUGGCUGCAGUUCUCUCUUUUUGUGCAUGUGUAUUUAAUAUUGGACUUUUACAGAAUCAAAACGACAUAAAGAAGCGACAAUCAAAAACACAGAACGAGCCAAGAACCGUUCUAUAGAAAUACAUAAUCAUCAGUACUAUCAGAUUGAAAAGCAAAUGAUGAUUUGUUCAUUUAAACGAACACAAGGAAUUUUUUUAUUGUUCGCAAUACUACAAUUAGGAAGUUUCUCGCUAUUUUACUUGUACCAGAUUUUCGUAAGAAAUAUUAGAAAAAAACAUAAUAAUUACUCUGACAUAAAUAAUACAUCACAAUUAUUGCUAUUAGUAAUUGUUUGAUAUUUUACAAUUAUAUGACCAUCGAUAGAAACAUUUGGGGACCAAGUUGUCUAAGUAUAUGAGUAUGUUAAUUACUGUAUCACUAGCCUGUCAACACCGAUGCUGAGGGUUCGAAUC